UUUCUUAGACCCACUUUUAGAACCCCGAAGGCGGGGAAUUAUCGGACAGGUUCUGUACAUAUUUGGAGCUGCAGGUUGCUCACCACUAUGUUGAAACAUUCUGUUUCAACUUGCUUUUCUUAUUUUUAAAUUCAUGGUAAUCAAUGAGACUGAAUUCCGAUAGAAUUUGAAUUCCAAAAAAUUCAAUGCAGUAUUUUUUUUCUCUUUAAGUGUCCUUGUUAAUAUUUUCUGUGUUUAGUCAAGUUAAAGUACUCUGAAACAACUAUAAAACCUGAGUUUGUGAAAAUAAACUGAAGUCUAAUUUGAGAUGAAAAAAAUAAAACUGUCUGAUAUAUUUUUUCAAGUACAACUGUUCAUCCUCUGCAAUAAAAAAAUGAGAAAAUUUGUACAAUUUGUUUCGAAAUAUAUAUGCAAUUUAUAUUCCAGGAAAAUAAUCAUCAAUAUCUCUUUUUUUUAUGAAUGUACAGUAAUAUCUGUAAUGAUUCAAACCUCUGUUUUCAAUCGGGUUUUUUGGAUUGAUAUAACGUUCACUUAUCGUACAAAUAAAUUACAAUUGCGACGAUGAAAUCAGUGACUUUUCUGACGCAACGAUAAGACUACAGUAACAAGCGCGAUUAGCCUGAUUAUGAUUCAAGAGAAACGGGCAAAAUCGAUAGACUGGUAGCAUUUGUUAUUCUGUGUGAUAUCUGCGUAAAAAGAAAACAGUAUGAUAAGGAGAAAGAAAAAAAGAAGAAAAAAAACGAUGACCAGGCAAGAAGAAAAUGCCGAUAAUGCAGUCAAUUUGUGCUGUUUAAUUUAUUCAACAUUUCAUCCAGAUAAUUCGAUGAUAAACCAAAACGAUUUGUUCCAAUUUACACGAGUCAUAAAAAACGAUGCAUUUUUAUAGAUUUCCGUAUUUUGUUGUUUGACUUCGUUUAGGUGUCGUUUGUUUAGUAUUUUGUGUUAAAAUGUAAGUUUUAUGGCAGGUUAAUUAGUCAUAUCUGAUAUGGGUUGAAGAUUGGGUCACUUAGAAACGUGCCGUUAUGUUAUGUAAAUAACAAACAAAAUUGUGAAAUUUAUAAUUAUUUGUGAUUUAAAACUUAAAAAAAAAAAUUUUCAGUACCUCUCUAAUUGUCACUGUGCUGCCUAAGAUUUGCGACAAUUAGAGAGGUACUUUUAUAUCAUUAAAAUAACAAAUUCACAGUUCAAAAGAAACAAAAUUAUUGUACAACGUAAUUUUUGACAACUUCGAUGUGUCAACGAGAGCGUUAAUUAGAAACUUCAUAAAAAAAGUUGAUUUAAUUACCGGUCUCGAAUCUCGUCGCGUUUCCAUCGCGUUAAUUUCAUAGAAGAGUGUUACGAAACGGCACGUUUCAAGGAGAAACGUGUAAAAAGUGAAUCGUUAUCCAUUAACAUAAUUACGAGGAGAGACACUCGGCAUGAUAAAACGCAUGUGUGUUUAUUCGUGUGCACGUGGUUGGGCGUGUGUAUGUUACACAUAAUAUUUCAGCGAGUGACACGGUAACCGAUGAUGCGUUAAGAGUUAUGAAAAACGAGGCGAGAAAGGAAAAAUCGUCUUGGCGUAACGGAGCAGCCGAAGUAUUUAUAGCGGCGGGAAAAAAGAGGGCCCGUACUUUGACCGCGUAAUUCAAAUUUCGCGGGCAAACACGCGCGUCCUAAAUCGAGCUAAUAACACGCUUCGAAACGUGUCUAAAGCGUGAAAGCAGCAUUCGAAUGAUUUCGAUGAUUUCUAUUUUUAUUUCAAUUUUGCCCAAUUAUUAACUUUCAAAAUCUCUAUAAUUGUACAAAAUUCAUUUCUAUCAUAAAAAAAGGAAAAUUAUAAUUCGAUUUAAUUAAAAAUAGGAAAAAUCUCUUUCCGUCGAAAACAUUCGAACACGUGACAGGAAAUAAAUCGAACACGGUUCCAUUUCUGAAAUUCAAUUAAACUUUCCAUUCUGUUGGUCCCUCUUUCUCUAAUACGAUACACGUGCUAAUCAACUCUCGUUGCAAUGUUUUUCAUUUCGCUAUUUUUUAUCUGAAUUUUCCUGCUGUUUCGUCGAACCCUGACGAGAAAUCGAAGAUCCACCGAUGGAGUCACGGUUGCGUCACGUGUUUCGCGGCAAUAAUACAGAAGCCCGUUAUCCGUUCGCGUGAAAUUAGCAAAACAGAUGUUCGAACCGCGAUACGAUGAAACACGCUUCACUCUCCGCUACGUGUUUUCACUCGUUUCAUGAAUCAUUCGGGCUUAGUCUGCGGGCGCGAGCGUUUCUAGCGCGACCAGUGUUAUCGAACUUGUUGCCUUAUCAGCGAGUAAACACACACCGGGAAGCUGCGGAAUAUUUUAAUUGCGAAUCUCGUUCUAACUUCUUCCCGUCAUUUUUUCAUCGCGAUUCGAAUCUCGUGAGCAAAGUUUGCGAAUGAUCGAGGUGACUGAACUUGUGUGUGCAUUCGGAUUGAAGAUCAGGGACGGAUCCAGAAGCUCUUCAGAAGAGCGAAAUAUCUGGAAGAUACGCUUUUUAAAUGCGACUUCAUUAUUUUAAUAUUGAACCAUUUGAAAAUUAUAAAUAAUUUGAUGAAAUCCCCCUCUAGAUUCGUUCUUGCUGGAGAUAAAGUGUGUUCAGUGUAGCAAUAUUUUUGCCAGUGGUGUAUACUUUGAUAUGUAUCGAAAUGAUUGGAGAACUUGUAGUGGAACAGGUGAUAUGCCCUCGUGAUAGUGGAAGAAACUAUAGUUGAUUUAGUUGAUUUUCACUCCUGGUGUUUCUGGCUGUGAAUGAAAGGUUGUUUCUGCGCAGAUUAGCAAAAUUAGUAACGGCGCUGAAGAGCUAAAAGAAGGUCAGGAUGCUGAGCAGCUUGGCAAACUACUUACUCGGAGGUAAUAUCUCCGGCGCACAAGAUUCACGGGAAGGGUCCAAUAACGAAACCCCGGAGUCCCUUCCAGUAAUGGCGAGGCUCAGUCAGGUGGAGGUCGAGGGUGAUGACUGGAUCCUCAUUGACCGUGCUGUUGAGGGCACGACGGCGCUGGAGGAGUCGUGGUAUGUAACGCCACCCGCGUGCUUCACACGGGCGGGACCCGUGAAUGUAGAAACUUCACCGCUAGAGGACCUGCUGAUAGAGCACCCCAGUAUGUCCGUUUACCGAGCCACAGCGUCUCCGGUCGCCCCCGACACUCCACCUCCCACGCCGGAUGCGCCGGAAGAGCGGGACGUCGAGGAGGACGUUUUACCUGCUGUCGUUUCCGGUACACCAGCCGAGGCAGCCUCUUUGGAACGCCCUAGCCCGAGAAGAAGCGAGGACGAAGAAGCAACGCGCAGACCGGCCAUCCACGACGGAAGACCCGUCAGCGAUCGCGUCCGCACUGAGAAGAGGAUAGUUCAGCUUCGAUCGGCGCAAAAGGUCCUCGAGAAGAGGUCCACCCAAGCGUUGAAGAGAGGCCGCCUGGAGAGGAGUAAUAAGCUGAGGGAAGUGUUCAGUGUAAAAGGCAAGCGGCCACGUCGCCAAGACCGCUUGCGGAUCCAGAACAGUGGCGCGAAUAACAACCGGAAAUGCUAGUCAUUCGAUCUCAGGCCAAGGUGUACUAAAAUACCUUAUUCCUAACACAUAAACAAAAAAAAAAAAACAAAAAAACGAAAAGAAAAAAAAAUGACGACGUACACGCGUACAAGAGCCACACGCAAGCGCGGACAAAGUAAAAGGCCGGCGCAAAAUUGAAGACGAAGAGGAACAUGAAGAGCCAAGUUUAAGUUUUAACUGCCGUAUCGCGUUCUCGCUCGUCGUCACCCACGUCGAACACACCAGGUGCACACGAAUGUAUUAAUGUAAGCUGCGAGAAACAUAGUCGAAGUAGAGACUGUGCUUUAAUCAUCGACGAUGGGUGCCCUCUCUCAUCGCGCGAACAAACGCAUCAAGUUUUUAUUAGUUAAUCCGCUCGCAUGCGUACAGAACCCUCUGGAAUCACGUGUUUUCAUCGAAGAAAGGACCUUAAAGCAAUUUGUACCAAAGUACAGGCGGCACCCGUGUAUAGCCUCUGUCGAAAUUCGCCACUGUCAGGGUGUCCGUCCAGGUCUGCCACACAAUUCGAAGGAAAGAUUUGCGUGAACGCAGCAGGUUCACUCGCGAUGAGAGAUUCGAUGGGGUCGGACGCGUACGGGUACAUUGGCGAGCAAAGUAGUUCCCCUUAGGGAAGGCUACCAUGCUCGACACCUUGCGCAUCUUCCCAGUUUUAAUCGCGUGUAUACUCGGUCUUAGCCUCUAGCAUAGGGCAAAACGUGUUUCUACUCGUGUAUACGUUAACGUUAGUUUUUAUUUAAGACGAUUAUAACAGCCUGCCCCUCGUAGCGGGCAGGACGAUUUAGCGUAAUCUCCGAAUCCAUGAUAUUCUGUCCAUCCGUCUGUCCCUUUAUUUUUCGCUUAUUUUCAAUGAAACGAUCAAGAAAUUCACUUCGGGACCACGCGUUUUCGGUUCGUCUUACGAUUAAAUUCGCGCUGGAAUUUCGCGACCACGAGGAAUACGACGAAGAGGAUGCGUAGCGAACACUCGGUUGAUCGCCAUCCGGAUAAGUGUGUUCAAAGAUGGUCAGACUGAUUCAGAGACGCGUCUGAACGAUCUAACGUCUGUCGACUAUGGGUGUCCGAAUAAAUAUAUUUAUUUAGCGGCACAUGGUAUGGUAAUAUCGAUUAAUAUUAUGCGUAACGUUAGGUAGGCUAUGAUAAAACGCGCGAUCGACGUGACAAAGCCCCAUACGAUGUUCUAUGGGACUUCGUUGCGCAUAGCUUUGCGUAGAACGACGAAAAUGACACUUUAGCACGUUAACCCGGAUUUAUAGCAAGAAAAAAACAGCCGUGUCCCCUCGUGCUACCUUCAGACGGGGCACCCAAUGACUGUGAAUAACCAUGGGCUAUUAAUCGCUUUGAAUGUCGUGUGAAAAUAAAAACAUUUUUGGAAGUUUUGAAGAUCUUGAUGUCAGUGUUUGAGUGAGCAAUGAAGCGAAUGAUGUAAAAUAUUAUUAUGAAUAAUUUGAUUUUGUUGUUGCAUACGUAAUAGGAAAAAAUAUACUUAUUUCUUUUAAAUGACUUUCUAUUUUCUUUACUUCAAGGAUCUCCAUUUUUGUAUUACCACCUGAUGUGGUUUUUUAUUUAAGAAGCUUGAGAGUCUAACAAGAUGCUUGUUUAUUCAUAAAUAAGGAUUGAUAUUGUGAUACACAGUUCAUUUCCGAAAUGUUCAAAACUUCCAAGAAUUUUUUAAUGAAAAAUUUGCAAGAAUGCUCAUAACCCCAAUGACCCAAAAUAUGUAAGUGAAUUCAAGCGGUUUGUGAACACGCGAGGGAGAGACACGGCUUCAAAAGAGAUUCCAACAUUGAGAAUCGGUUUCUAUAUACCCGAUGCGCGUUAUAGGGCAUCAACAAUUUCAAAGUAUGGAGAUUGAAAGAAAGGAGAACAAGAGAAAUGGCGCAUACUCUCCCGGCGUCUCCAGUCCACCGUUAACUCGGUCGAUAAGUCAGAUUUCCGCUUAUGCCGGAAAUUGGUAAUAGAUUGAAAAUUUCAAAUAACGUCCAUGCGAUCCUCUGGUGAUUUCUUCUGUGAAGAAGAGCGUUGAUACGAUUAAACUACGACACCGAUUUCUUCUAACAUUCCUGCUCUUCGACAUGAUUAAUAAAUUUGGUCGUCAAAGUCCAAACGAAUCUCAUCAUCAUUAGAGUGUCAAUACGUUUACUUGUACCAAGCAUUGGUUUAGCAGCUCUUUAAAGGUGUUAGCUAACCUAACCUAACCUAAGCUUCAUUUUACUGGAGCUGUGUAUCAUCCUAGAUUGAUAACAAUAGACAUUCAGACUGUGAUUGAAUUCAACGCUAUAGAGUCCUUGGAUUCCCUACUUUAUAGUCCUAGAGUCACCAUUUCACCCCCAUAAUAUUGGUUCCAAGAUGCCUAACCUAACGUGACCUGUCUCAUCCUGCUGAAGCUGUAUAUUAUUCCUCAUUGAUAAUGACAGACGUUCAGACUGUGAUUGAGUUAAACACUAUAGAGUCCUUUACUUGGAUCCUCUACUUCAUGAUCCUAUGGUCACCAUUCUAACCCCGUAAUGAUGACUCUGAGAUACCUAACCUAUUAGUCAAGUGAUAGCUAGCUCUGAUAGUACUUAACGAACCCAGAGGAUAAUGAGACAAUUGAGGCUCCAUUUUUUAACUCUGAACAAAUGAGCAUAAUGUCCAAAGGAUUUAGCUAACAUUUUGUAAAUAAAAUUGAAGAGCAAACAUGGUGGACAGAAGUGAUAGGAGGCUAGAUACUUGGCUAGGCGCACACUGAACGUAGCUUGAUGGACGAGAGGAGAGUUAAAGCGCGAUUAAUUAAUUGUAUACACGUAUUGUUUAUAUCUAAACUUUCUCUCGUAAGGAACAGUGUUCGUCCUGAAGUUAUCGUCGCGGUAUAGCAAUUAAUGUCUUUAGAAGAGGAGACGAUCUAGCGUUCGCGAGACGCGACUCAAGUCGACAUCGUGAUCCGGACUUUUUAAUUCGUAUUGUUUUUUUUUUUUUUUUGACUUUUGUUGUAUCAAUUGAUCGACAUGUAUUAUUUGAAUGUAUGCUCGUACACCUUGGCCCUUAUAACGAUGAUUAAUAAACUAUUUUAUGUCACAAA